AUGGUCGGAGUUGUUUCGGCCGCCGGUUUGGUCGGCUUUCUCUCGGAGCCUGACCCAGAGCUCAAGGUCUUUGCCUUGAAGUCAUUAGACUCACAGAUUGAUCUGCUCUGGACAGAGGUUGUGAAUGCCGUUCCGGAAAUUGAGGCUCUCUACGAAGAUGAAUCGUUCCCAGAGCGCGAACUGGCAGCCCUAGUCGCUUCGAAGGUAUAUUAUCACUUGCAGGAAUAUAACGAGAGCAUGGUGCUGGCUCUGGGCGCGGGGAAGCUGUUCAAGCUCGACAGUGGCGGCGAGUACGAGGAGACCAUUAUCGCGAAAUGCGUCGAUUCCUUCAUCUCUCUAUCCGCCGCCCAGCGACGCAGCUCCGGUGAUCAAUCCGCCAACCUGAACAACUCCUUCCCUGCAUCCGGUGAUGGCGCUACGAGUACAUCUGCAAGCUUGACCUCCCCAAUUACACCCUUCUCAAAGUCUGCCCUGCCAUCAAAGUCCCUGCUCUCACGUCAGGAAGUUCCUGGCCUUGAUGCGGCACACCCCGGUGGCGAUGACUCCAGUGUUCAGCAUGAGGAGACAUCCCUCGUCCUGAAGCGUGGUGUUCAGAGACAAUUGCAGGCCGUGAUCGAGCGACUUUUCGAGGAGUGCUUCCGUCAAAAGCGUUAUCGUCAAGUCAUUGGUAUUUCUAUCGAGGCAAAGAGCCUGGAGGUGCUUCGCAUGGCCAUUCUCCGAGCUAGCGAUGAUGAGAAGCAGCAGCAGCAAGGCGAGUUCCGCCGCAGUGAGGAACUCAUGGAGUAUGUCCUGGAUAUCUGCAUGGGAAUUGUUCAGGAACGGGCUUUCCGCAAUGAGAUCUUGAAACUCAUCCUCGACCUCCUCAAUGAGAUCCCUGCCCCCGACUACUUCUCGAUCGCGAAAUGCGUUGUCUACCUUAAUGAGCACUCUAUGGCCUCCAACAUUCUCCGACAGCUGGUCGAGAAGGGCGACUCGCGGUCUCUCGCAGUUGCCUACCAGAUCUCUUUCGACCUUUACGAUAACAGCACUCAAGAGUUCCUCCAAAAGGUUCGCCAGGAGAUUGCUGAAUUGGUGCCUGAAGCCGAGGCCGAAAAGCUGCAGGAUGAGAACGAGGAGCCCAAGGAGUCUGACCGACUGCUUGACGACCAAUCGAGCUCAUCCCGGCCAUCGGGAGAGCAGAGCAAGCUUUCGGAUGAGGCAACCUCUGCUUUCAAGAAUAUUCUCAAGAUUCUCGAUGGUCUCAAGACGAUCGAACUGAACUUAGAAUUCCUCUACCAGAAUACUAGGACAGAUAUGGCCAUUCUGGACAAGGUUCGCGACAGUCUGGAGGCUCGUAACUCAAUCUUCCACACGGCUGUCACAAUCUCAAAUGCUUUCAUGCACGCCGGAACGACUCGUGACAAGUUCUUCCGUGACAACUUGGAGUGGCUCGGCAAGGCUGUGAACUGGUCCAAGUUCACGGCUACGGCUGCUCUGGGCGUGAUCCAUCGUGGCAACCUGAACCAGGGUCAGACUCUCCUGGAGCCCUACCUCCCCAAGGAUCAGAUUGCUGGUGUUGGGGGCAGCUCAAACUCAGUUUACAGCCAGGGCGGUUCUCUGUACGCCUACGGUCUCAUCUAUGCCAACCACGGCGGCAUGGCUGUCGACAUCAUCCGUGAUUACUUCAAGAAGGCCACGGAAGAAGUUGUUCAGCACGGUGGUGCUCUGGGCCUGGGUGUUGCGGGUAUGGCUACUGGUGAUGAAGGCAUUUACGAAGACCUUCGUAAUGUCCUUUACACCGACUCUGCUCUCAAUGGUGAGGCUGUUGGUCUCGCCAUGGGUCUGGUCAUGCUGGGAACCGGCAACAUGAAGGUCUUGGAGGAUAUGAUUCAGUACGCACACGAUACCCAACACGAGAAGAUCGUCCGCGGUCUGGCUAUGGGUAUGGCUCUGAUCAUGUACGGACGUCAGGAGGCUGCUGAUGAGCUCAUCAAUGGUCUCCUCGGCGACCCCGACCCCACUCUCCGCUACGGUGGUAUCAUGACAAUUGCCCUGGCCUACUGCGGCAGCGGUAGCAACAAGGCCGUUCGCAAGCUCCUCCACGUUGCUGUCAGCGAUGUAAACGAUGAUGUGCGCCGUGUUGCUGUUCUGAGCUUGGGUUUCAUUCUGUUCAGAAAGCAUCAGAGCGUGCCCCGCAUGGUGGAGCUGCUGUCAGAGUCCUACAACCCUCAUGUUCGGUAUGGUGCGGCUAUGGCGCUGGGUAUCUCCUGCGCUGGAACUGGAUUGGACGAGGCAAUCGAUCUUCUCGAGCCGAUGCUCAAGGACUCUACCGACUUUGUGCGCCAGGGUGCUCUGAUUGCCCUCUCCAUGGUUCUUGUCCAGCAAAACGAGGCCAUGAACCCUCGCGUCACCAGUCUUCGCAAGGCUAUGCUGAAGAUGGUUGGUGAUCGCCAUGAAGAUGCCAUGGCCAAGUUUGGUUGCGCUGUUGCCCUGGGUAUCAUCGAUGCUGGUGGCCGCAACUGCACCAUCAGCCUGCAGACCCAGACCGGCAACCUGAACAUGCCCGGCAUUGUUGGUGCCGCUGUCUUCGUCCAGUACUGGUACUGGUUCCCUCUUUCCCACUUCUUGUCUCUGAGCUUUGCCCCCACGGCUGUGAUCGGUGUGGACCAGAAGCUGGAGGCUCCAAAGUUCAAGUUCCACAGCAACACUCGCCCCAGCCUCUUUGACUACCCUCCCGAGCAGCAGGUGAAGGCCGAGGAGGCUCCCGAGAAGAUUAAGACUGCUGUGCUUUCCACCACCGCCCAGGCCAAGCGUCGUGCCCAGCGUCGGGAAAAGCAAGCCCGCCGGGAAAGCAUGGAUAUUGACCAGACACCGACUACACCCAAGGUAUCGGACCAGCUUCCAGAGAAGAUGGAUGUUGAGGAAGGAGCAGCCGAGGAAGAGGAAGCCAAGGACGCUGAGAAGGUCGCCGCGGAGGGCCAGAAGAAGAAGGCCGAGCGGGAGAAGGUUGGGUACGAGUUGGACAAUUUGUCAAGAGUUCUGCCAGCCCAGCUCAAGUACCUUACUUUCCCGGACCCGCGGUACGAGCCUGUCAAGAGGCCCACCGGUGGUGUUGUUGUUGUUCUCGACAACCAGCCCGAUGAGCCUCGGGAAACCAUUGAACUCGAGGCAAGCCGUAAGAAGCCUCAAGCCCCCGCACCAGCGGGCGAAACUCUUCAGGACCGACUUCAGGCUGCCAUUGGCGCGGCCGCCCUGCAGACUCCUCAACGGGCCGCUGCCCGUGCCGCCCUAUCUGAUUACACCUCCCUGGGCGGAGCUGCCGCCGCUGCCGGUGUUUUGACUGCCGUGGAUGAAGAUGAGGAGGGAGUGGAAGAUGCCCCCGUUCCGGACGAGUUCACGUAUGAGACGGAUGCGGAGGAGGAGUAG